AUUUUUCGCGGCAACGCGAUAACGGUAACAAGACGCUAAAGCAUUUGGAAAACCGCCACCGUUCAUUGUGGAAUGUGAAUACACAGAACAUUUUCGAGAUAUCUUUGAAUAUUAUUUAAAAGAAAAUGAGCAAAGGCAAAGAAUCAACUCCCGCAGAUGCCGAAGGAGAGGAAGAAUUCAGUGUCGAAAAAGUUUUAGAUCGAAGAGUGGUUAAAGGCAAGGUGGAAUACUUUUUGAAAUGGAAAGGGUAUUCUAAUGAUGAAAAUACAUGGGAACCAGAAGAAAACUUGGAUUGUCCUGAUUUAAUUGCACAAUUUGAAGAACAACGUAAAAAGAAAGAAGCUACAGUAGCUGGAAAGCGGCAUGAAGAUAAAGACCAGAAAAAGCGAAAGAGUACAAGUACCCCUACACCGACACAAGCUAAAAAGAAAGCAGCCGAAGAAAAAAAACCUGAAGGCUUUGACAGAAAUUUAGAGCCUGAAAGAAUUAUUGGUGCAACGGAUUCAAGCGGGGAACUUAUGUUUUUGAUGAAAUGGAAGGGAACGGAUGACGCAGAUUUAGUCCCUGCUCGAAUUGCUAAUGAAAAGUGUCCACAGAUCGUGAUAAAGUUCUAUGAAGAGCGAUUAACAUGGCAUAGCCCUACUCAUGAUGAAGAAAGUUCAACAAAAGCUGAUCCAGAGUAGCGUUCAGCCUACCGAUACACAUACACAGCACGCUUUAGAAUUUGCCGCAUAUAAAAAAAAAUUGCGUGUACAAAAUGAGAUUUUACAAAUUUAUUUGUUGCACAUUAACAGUAAUAUGGAGAUAAAUGUUUUUGUUCUUUUUUACAAACAGUGGCAGACUAUACUUGAACAAAUAGCUAAGUCUCUUGCAUACCUAUGUCAUUAUUAGUAAGAAAUAAUUACACUUAUAAUCUACUUUCAUAAUAGCAUGCACUAACAACUUCUUUCGCAACUGGUAUAAUGAAUUACUGUUCUUUAAUUUAGAAAACAAACAAUAAAACUUAGUAACUAAAUACUGAUAAGGUUCCCAAUAUGUUUUUAGUAUAAAAUUCAAGUAUAUCGAGCUUUUAUUUUCAUUUAAAUAUUUUGUAUUUUGAAAUGUUUCAGUUGCCAAAGAAAUUGCGAACUUAAUUACUUCAUUUUAAAAAAACACGACAAUGUACAGUACGUACAGAAAAAUGAGUGAAAAUGAUCUAUCAGUAAUUUUAAAGUUUUGAAUCUUCUUGUAGUACAUAUGUGUAACUGAGCAUAUUUGCUUUUACGUAAGAUAAAAUUGGUAUUAUGACAAGGAAAGUAGACAGUUACAUUACGAUAAACUGUGUUCCCACAUUUUUUAAAUAAAUGAAUAUUUACUUGCUAAAUAAGGGCUGUUAAGAU